CAUGAUAAGGAGGCCUACCGGUUGACUAUCGUUUGCCCUAGCGCUCGCACACGAUGAAUCAAAGUCUCUUCGAGGUCGGCGUCCAGGACUACUACCAGCUACUCGUUGAUGGUCAGGUACUCGAAGAACUCAUUUCCCCAUCCACGCCAGACCAUCCCCGCUGUCCAAUCUGCUCGCACCGCCUCGUCACAUGCCACGGUUGUUCUAGCGUCACUUGUGAUAACGGUUGGUGUGCAGGUGCGAACCUCGUUAGAAUCGUGUCUUCAUGUCAACUGUGCUUUUCGACCCUUGCAAGGUCGGAGAAGUGCAGCCAGGGCGACUGCGAGUCUCGCAUACAUUUAACUGGAGGCGUAAUCUGUCCUGAUUGCGUCAGACCCAGGGACAUAGUUUGUCCCUGUGGAGACACCUGGGUGUGUGGCACGUGUGCCACUGAAGAUAAAUUUCUGGACAAUUCUGGACGCUGUCCAAAGUGUCAGACUGAUUUUUGUUUCUCCGAGUGCAAAUACAUCGACGUAUGCCCGGAGUGUAAGAAGACGACGCUGUGCAACGAUUGCAUGGAACUUGAAGAUGAAGAUGUGCACAUGUCUAACGAGGGGACUUCAAUCACGAGCAAGGGCCCGUUCCCUGCGAAUCGGACGACGUGCACCUUCUGCCAGCACAGACUCUGUGCAGACUGCUAUGAAGAGUUCGAAUUCAUGUGUAGUUGGUGUGGGGAUGUUCAUUGCCGAUCUCACAUGGAAUUUGUCGAGUGUGUGGAUUGUGGCGCACCUUGGUACUGGGGCUGCCGGGGAGAUUGGAGGUGUAAUAGGUGUCAGUCCUAUAUGGAAGAAUCUACUGGAACUUCAGAUUCAGAAAGCCAGAGCCGAGAAAAGUCUGUCGACUCGGAAUCGACCAGCAGUAGGCAAUCUUGACGGACGGGUGUGAGCAAUACCCUUUAUCACUUUCGUUUAGUGUGCUUUGGCUUUCUAUUUAAGUGUUCGUCAGUAUCCUUUCCAAUCAUUCAAUGCAUACUUUCAUUUUCGCCAAAACAUUUCCAACAUGUACGAACAAACACAAGCGAAUGUCAGUUAUUCUGCAUACACCCCAACCUCAGGUAUUCGAGGAGACUCCUAUGAAAUGCAGCAAACUUCAGCAUCCGCGGCCGCUACGGGAUUCAAUAUUUGUAGGGCGUGUUGGCUUAUCAGUAGGAUCGAUAUCGAUAUUAUCAAUUAACACUCACAGCAAAUGCACGUGUGGACAUUGACAGAACACUGUGAAUAAUCCAUGGACUGUAACGGUAGGUGGAUGACGACCCGAGUUGUCUACUUCCAGACUGCGGAUACACGAUUGUGACAUGGCUUCCCAGAGA